GUCGGCCUAGAAGAGCUUUGCAUUGUGGGAGCUCCUUCCUUUCUCGCUCCCCGGCCAUCUUGGCGGCUGGUGUUGGUGAGUGAGCUCUGCGGGGUAAACGAUUAGGCGGCUCGGGGAGCUCCGCUAGCUGGUGUUUGACGCUCUGGAUUAUAAUCCUCUCUUCUGUCCUCUGUGUAUGCUAGGUUGGGGGUUGUCCCGCACCUAAGGCAGGAAGAUGGUGGCCGCAAAGAAGACGAAAAAGUCUCUGGAGUCGAUCAACUCUAGGCUCCAACUUGUUAUGAAAAGUGGGAAGUACGUGCUGGGCUACAAGCAGACUCUGAAGAUGAUCAGACAAGGCAAAGCGAAGUUGGUUAUCCUUGCCAACAACUGUCCAGCUUUGAGGAAAUCUGAAAUAGAGUACUAUGCCAUGUUGGCUAAAACUGGGGUCCAUCACUACAGUGGCAAUAAUAUUGAACUGGGCACAGCGUGUGGAAAAUACUACAGAGUAUGCACACUGGCUAUCAUUGACCCAGGUGAUUCUGAUAUUAUUAGAAGCAUGCCAGAACAGACUGGUGAGAAGUAAACAAGAAAGUUUUCCUUUAAUAAAACUUUGCCAGAGCUCCUUUUGAAAAACA